CGGUCAUUUAGCACAAUUUUGUACAGUUUUGUGGCACUUGUGUAUAAUUGAAGUAUACCUAUAAGCUGUGAAGAUGGCGCAGCCGGACACGAAGAAGAUAUUCUUUGAGAACCUGUCUGGAGCGGGGAAAGCCAUCGCGGUGCUGACGAGCGGAGGUGAUGCUCAAGUUGUGUCUGGAAAAGAAGAGGAUACGCGUGGCUGACAGGAGCUGAACACCAGUAGUGUCAGAGGGCAUUAUGUCGCUUGUGACUUGGCCUUUUCAGCCACUCUGCACCACAAAGUGUCAUUCAUACAGAAUAAGCAACCCUUACCUACUCUUUCAGUUAUGACUGCCCAUUUUCCCAUGGACUUUUAACUCUACAAUGUCUCCCUUCUGUCCUCUGAUGAUCUUUGUGUUGCUUAGUAACCACCACACGAGCCAGUACCGCUUGGGAAGAAGUUCCUGUGUCGUGGUUUGUCUCCCCCAGUCCUUUGAGUUCCUGUUGAAAUCAUCCUGGCUGUGACAGCAUUUACACCAACCUGACAUUUACAUUCAAGUCACACAGCAGCGUCUUACUGCUUGCCGAGCUCCUUUGUCUUCACCACAAAACCACAAGAAGCAUAGCUGCUGGAGAGACUGGAGGAGGAGCAGGGAAACAUUUCACCAAAAUUGGUUGCUUUCCACACGGGGAGAAAAAAUAGAUCAAGGAAGAGGCGGACACACACACGAACAGUAAACAGUACUACACUCAAGCCAGGCAAGUACGUACAUACAGUACUACACUCAAGCCAGGCCAGUACGUACUUACAGUACUACACUCAAACCAGGCAAGUACGUACAUACAGUACAGUACUACACUCAAGCCAGCCAAGUACGUACUUACAGUACUACACUCAGGCCAGGCGAGUACGUACUUACAGUACUACACUCAAGCCAGGCAAGUACGUACUUACAGUAGUACUACACUCAAGCCAGGCAAGUACAUACUUACAGUACUACACUCAAGCCAGGCAAGUACGUACUUACACUACUACACUCAAGCCAGGCAAGUACGUACUUACAGUAGUACUAUACUCAAGCCAAGCAAGUACGUACUUACACUACUACACUCAAGCCAGGCAACUACAUACUUACAGUAGUACUACACUCAAGCCAGGCAAGUACGUACUUACAGUACUACACUAAGCAAGUACUGUACAUACAUAUGUUACUAUUAAGAAAAGUACAAUGAAAUAAUAUUUAAAAACAUAUGACAGCAUAUUGCAAUCUACUCGUUUAAUUUCUACUAUGUUACCUUGCAUUGUUCUUCACAAGGUUAAACUCUUCUGCACUCUGUGUGUAUGCUAGUGGCCACGCCUCCACCGACUGAGACAGUGAGACUGUAUGACUGACAAAAGGGCUCACUCCGUUCCUGCUGCUGUUCUAUGGAACAAAUGUGCCAAGGUGCAUCGAUGAAUCCACACUGCAGCUUCGGUACAGCCAUCACCGCAUGACAGAAGGAUGAAUGCUGCUGUGCGUGCUGUGGUUCGAAUGGGCUUAUAUGUUGGAGCUAAAGUUUAUUUCAUUCGUGAGGGCUAUCAGGGUAUGGUGGAUGGUGGGGAGAACAUAAAAGAAGCCACAUGGGAAAGUGUGUCCAGCAUGCUCCAAGUGGGUGGGACUGUCAUUGGCAGUGCCCGCUGCAAAGAGUUUCGCACCCACGAGGGACGCUUGAAGGCCGCGCUCAACUUGGUGAAACUUGGCAUCACCAACCUGUGUGUGAUCGGUGGAGACGGCAGCCUGACAGGAGCCAACCUCUUCAGGGAGGAAUGGAGUGGCCUGUUGACAGAACUGGUCGAGCAAGGUUCCAUUGAGCCGCAGUCUGUUCAGACCUACUCCGCCCUUCACAUUGUUGGCAUGGUUGGCUCCAUUGAUAACGACUUCUGUGGAACGGACAUGACAAUUGGCACUGACUCUGCCCUGCACCGAAUCAUUGAGGUGGUUGACGCUAUUAUGACAACCGCACAGAGUCACCAGAGGACAUUUGUCUUAGAAGUUAUGGGCAGACACUGCGGCUACCUGGCCUUGGUUAGUGCUCUGGCUUGUGGUGCAGACUGGGUGUUAAUCCCUGAGAUGCCUCCAGAGGAUGGCUGGGAAGAGAAGAUGUGUGAGAAACUGUCUGCGACCCGCUCCAGGGGCACGAGGCUGAAUAUAAUCAUAGUGGCAGAGGGAGCCAUUGACAGGCAUGGGAAGGCUAUAACAUCUAGUUAUGUCAAGGAUCUUGUUGUCAAAUGUUUGGGUUUCGACACACGAGUGACAAUCCUGGGUCACGUGCAGCGAGGAGGGACUCCGUCUGCUUUUGAUCGCAUCCUGGCCAGUCGCAUGGGAGUGGAGGCUGUUCUUGCCCUGCUGGAGACCACAGCCAACACACCUGCCUGUGUGGUGUCUCUGUGUGGGAACCAAUCAGUGCGCUUGCCUCUGAUGGAGUGUGUACAGAUGACUCAGGAGGUGCAGAAGGCAAUGGAUGAAAAAAGGUUUGAGGAAGCAGUGAAGCUCCGGGGCAGGAGUUUUGAGAACAACCUGAAGACGUACAAACUGCUGGCUCAUCGUAAACCAGAGUCUGAACUGCCGCAUAGUAACUUCAACGUGGCGGUGUUAAACGUGGGCGCCCCCGCGGCAGGCAUGAAUGCAGCUGUCCGUUCAGCUGUCAGGGUGGGCAUCACGGAGGGGCACAAGAUGUUUGCUGUUAGUGACGGCUUUGAGGGCUUCUACAAAGGUCAGAUUAAGGAGAUUAAAUGGGCUGACGUUGGAGGAUGGACAGGACAGGGGGGGUCUCUGUUGGGAACCAAAAGAACACUCCCCGCCAAGCACGUUGGCAAAAUUGCAGAGCAGAUGCGACUGCACAACAUAAACGCACUGCUCGUCAUCGGGGGCUUUGAGGCGCUUGAGAGUCUGCUGCAGCUGUACGAGGCACGCGCUACCUAUGAGGAGUUUUGCAUCCCGAUGUGUAUGCUGCCUGCCACCAUAAGUAACAAUGUACCCGGUACUGAUCUCAGUAUCGGUGCUGACACAGCUCUCAAUGCCAUCGUGGAGACCUGCGACCGCAUCAAGCAGUCAGCCAGCGGGACAAAGAGGCGUGUGUUCAUCAUCGAGACCAUGGGGGGCUACUGCGGCUACCUGGCUACCGUCGCUGGCCUGGCCGCUGGCGCCGAUGCAGCCUACAUCUAUGAGGAGCCUUUUGACAUCAGGGACCUGCAGGCCAACGUUGAGCACUUGACAGAGAAAAUGAAAACCAGCAUUCAAAGAGGCCUGGUGCUCAGGAAUGAGAACUGCAAUGAAAACUACACCACAGACUUCAUCUACCAGCUGUACACGGAAGAAGGCAAAGGUGUGUUUGACUGCAGGAAGAAUGUGCUGGGACACAUGCAGCAGGGAGGAGCUCCAUCUCCAUUUGACCGCAACUUUGGCACCAAGAUCUCAGCCAAGGCCAUGCAGUGGGUGACCAAAAAGCUGCGGGAGACAUUUAGACAAGGCAGAGUGUUUGCUAACACAGAGGACACUUGCUGCUUGCUGGGGAUGCGCCGCAGAGCUCUCAUCUUCCAGCCCGUGCUGCAGCUCAAGGAAGACACCGACUUUAUCCACAGGAUUCCCAAGGAGCAGUGGUGGUUGAAGCUUCGUCCGCUCAUGAAGAUCCUGGCCAAGUACAAGACCAGCUACGACGUAUCGGACUCGGGGCAGCUGGAACACGUGGUGCACAACAGGCCCAAAGACACGGACGCUUCCGUCGCCAUGUGAACGCAUCUGGACACCGCCCACCAGGUCCUGAGUGUGUGUUGGGUGUGAGGUGUGAAGUCCAUGUGGUUGUGUAGAACUUCCCUGUUGGACUGCAUUAAUGACCUUUAACCUAACCUCAGUGUUCCGAAUCCUAAUAACACACACGUUUAUUAGUGUCAUGUUAGGUUUUAAAUUGCACUUUGUUACUUGUGCACGCGGCCUGAACAGGCCUUCACAGCUGCAACGCCACUGCAGGGUGUGUGUGCAUGUGUGUGUGUGCGUGCACGUCAGACUGAUGCAACACGGCUGACGUUGCAAAGCAACAGCACUGCUAGCCAGACUCCCACUGACACCUACUGUAAUAUGUCAUGUGUUAUGUUAUUCAUAUUAUGGCCUAUAGGCGCCGCUGUUGUCACGUUGCACAACCAUGUUAGACGUGUCAUGUUCCCCACACAAUAAAAAUGAAGUGGAACCCGUGGGU